UGCAAGUCAAUAUGGCGCGAGCCAAUACACACUAUUGAGGCGUCAAAACAUCAACAUUUCCUGACGAAACGAGUGUGUUCUUCCCGUAGUAAGUGGACAUAGAGCUAAUGUUUCUACUUGUAAUUAUGUUAUGAACAUUUCAGGUGCUGCUAAAAUGGAUAAGAAAUUAGCUAUGUUCAAAGAUCUGGGGAGGCCCACUUUGAGAGGUGUAAAGAAAUGUCCAAAUUGUGGUACAUACAAUGGAAUACGUGGACUAAGCUGCAAAAACAAAGCCUGCAAUAUGGUUCUCAAAGGAAACGGACGCAAAAGCGGACAUAGUGCUGAUGCCGUCAAAGUUAUUACAGGCUCCACGGUUCAGGUAUUUUCCGUACGUUUGCGAGAUCGGGGUCCAGAUUAUAGAGGGUUUGUACAGCUGCCCUUGAAACAGGAGUUAGCGGGCCAAGCACAUAAUGUUGAUGCUUGGAAUAACUUGGUUUCACAGAGCGGACGUUGCUUUGUAGAAACAUGUCAGAAGCCCCCUGUGAUGGUAAACCAAAUACAGACUUUACCACCUCCUUGCCCACAUAUACGCUUAGCCCUGGACUGCGAAGAAGAAGCUACGCCACUGACUCUUAAGAACUCGGUCUUAAAUGCAUUACCGGUAUCAAAUGAAAUCAAGCAGUCCAUAUGGCUACUGGCAACGGAAACAACUGGCCCACUGGUGCAGAGGGUCACUAAGAAUGUCAUGGUUGUUAAGUGCAAGACCAAUCCGAAGCAGCCCCUUGGAUUUUUGCACUUUUCUUUCACCUCAAGUAAUAAAAAAAAUGGCGUAACUGAACAUCGUUUUCAGUGUAUGUGCAAACAAUUCAAGAACUUCUUUAAGAAUUUGAUUGGAGGGGAAGAUCAGAGGAGGAGAUGUGUACAUUUUUAUGCAUGUAUUUGUGCCUUUGCCAGUGAGGAAACAUUAGCCAAAGAAUUUGAAUAUUACAUCCAUCUAGACACAACAGGACUGGAGAAAUUAAUUCCAUCAGAUGAACAAGUGUUGCAGGCAGCUGCAGCCCUGGAAGAGGAUUCUGCUGGUGUAAAGAGGAAAAGAAAAGAUGAUACUCUAGUGCAGGCAAGUAGUGCUUUACUAACGCUGCAUGACAGUGCUAAUUCGAAUGCGCAACUGAAACGAACUCCAAGCAAGAAGGUUACACCACAGGCAAGUUGUAGUCCUGCAAAACAGCCAACCUUUCUGAGUGUCGAGGGUGCUAUUCCAGUUAUAACAUUUGUGGAUUGGCUUGGUAGCGUCACCGAAAGAGUUAAUCAAACCAUGCACUUCCAAUUCGAUGGAAAUCCAGAACCUCUGGUAUUCCACGUUCCACAGGUGUUUUUUGAUUGCCUUCAACAACGAAUAUCAGCAGGAAGUAAAAAGCGUCGCCUUCCAAACUCGACGACUGCCUUUAUACGCAAAGAUGCGCUACCCCUCGGCACAUUCUCAAAAUACACCUGGCAUAUAACAAGUAUACUGCAUGUUAAAUCAAUCUUUGACACACCUGAGAUGCCACUCGAUAUUACUAGAAGUUUUGUUCAAGAUCGUGACGGAAAAUAUCUCUUAUAUGUAACACCAAAAGUGGAGGUUGAAACUAUAGCUGAGUCAUUCCGGAAAGCUGAUGGCCAAGUGGCAAUAAAACCGUGUGAAUUGAAAACUUACUUAAAAGUUGGUAAUACGUCACCUGACCAAAGGGAACCAACACCUUUUAUCAUUGAAUGGAUUCCUGAUAUUCUGCCAAAAUCUAAAAUAGGAGAGUUACGAAUCAAAUUUGAAUAUGGACACCUUCGUAAUGGUCAUGUUGAGCAUCGGCUGACUCUUCCGGCCGAGCCUGUUACAUGAAAGUGAAUAAAUACUGGUUUAAUUUAGUUAUAAAUGUUUAUCAUUUUUUGUAACUAAUGUAUCAAUUAUAAACUAUAAGUUUUUUUAAUUUAAAUAAUUUAUUUUAUUGUUUUAAUACAAUAUGUUUAUAUUAUUUAAUGGUACAUUUUUGUCACAAAUAAAAUACAUAUGGGCAGAUUUUACGCGCAUUAAAGAUUAAACUUAGUUGUUAAUAUUGAUUCCUCUCAAAAAAUGUUUGACUAAUCACUGCAAGCUCAGCUGUGGAUUCAAAGGAGACCCCAGGUCCCCUACAUUUGUCAAAAAAAAUGUUUUAAAUGGAGCCAUCAGCUAAAGCUGCCAUAAUCAUAAAUUUUCUUAUCUCAUCCCCAACCAUGGUGGUCAAAGUCUCUCUCUGGUACAUCUAUUUCAAAUUCUUGGAUCUACACAGAGUGGCUAACUGGAUGGAAUAUGGCGAAAAGGAGCUAUAUCAAAAUGUGGGAUCAAACACAUAAUAUUGAAGGUUGAGAACCAAGAUUGUAGUAAUCUGAGUAUCAGGUGUAAGGUACGACAGUCAAACUAACCAGUGACAAGACCAUUUAGCCAACAAAAUUUUAAAGGUCCGACAAUGCGGAUGAAUAUUAAGCUAAUAUCUGUCAUUUAAAAACAAUUUCUUCAUAAAUUCAUACUAGACCAUUGAUUGUUUAAUUAAUUGACUUUAAUAGUUAUUUCAAUGUUAGAAAUUCCAUAGAUAACUAGCCUGCUGUCUUAACCACAAGUUAAACAUUUUUAAAUGUCUGAGAUUUUAUUGUAGUCUUUCUCCUCACAAAUAAAGGAGUUAUUUUUUAGGUGAUCUGAUCAGUUCAUUAGCAGGGGCUUUACAAUAAAUGCCAUGAAAUCUGUCAAAAAAAAACAAAAAAAAAACCCAAAUUGCUAUUUUAUGUCAGAUAAGAGCCUACCUCCCCAUAAUUUGUCAGUAGUUUCUCUUAUGCUUCAUUAAAAUAAUUCCCCCAUCAAAUAGCCAGGCCUAAGAAGAAUCUAAGUGCCUGGGUGCUCUGCAAGUAGAUCAUCAAUUUUCUACUGCAGUGUUUCAACAAUCAAAAGGUCCACUGAUUAAUCUCAGAUAAGAUAGUAUAAUACAUAUUCCAAGCAUGGAGGAAAUAAUUUCCUCCAUGCUCCAAGUAUCGAAAUGCACGCCAUAGUGUCGGGAUUCAAU